AUCGGAUCAAAUCACAGCCGUCGCGUGCUGACCGCGCCCGCCGUUGCUUCUUCUGCUGGGGUUUUGAGCCGCUAGGGUUUCUCGCGCUCGUACUGGCGUCCCUCCCAACUCCUCGAAGUGUCGUUCGAGCCUCCCCCUCGGGAUCUCUUCUCCGCGUCUCGUCACCUCCUCGGCCUCCAUGGGGGGCGCUCGGACGCAGGUGAACAAGGCCCAUAAGAGCCGCUUUGCCUCGAAAGCUUCUCGCCAGAUUCACAGGACCUCGCGCACCGAUAAGAGUCGAAUUGCGAAGCCGGACUCCCACCGUGCCGCCGUGAAGGGCGCCCGUGCUGCUCGGAUCCAGCGCAGCAAAACGAUCCGCAAUGAGAAAAGGGCUGCUUUACUAAAGGAGAAAAGAGCGUCAACUGGAUCAGCUAGUCCUCCUCGGGUUGUUGUCCUUUUUGACCUUUCCUCAUCUACAAAUCUGGUUAAAGUCGCAACAGAUCUCUUAACAUUGUCAUCAGAAGAAGAUACAAAACCUUUCUCGAAUACAGUUGCUUUCCCAACCUACAAAUUUCGACUGACGGUCUUGGAAGCACCACAUGGAGAUUUAUUGUCAUGCAUGGAGAUGGCAAAGGUUGCAGAUCUGAUUGCAUUUGUAGUUUCAGCUAAGUCAUUAUAUGAUGGAUAUGAAACUAGUAGUUUAAUAGAUCCAUUUGGGGAACAGUGUCUUUCCAUCUUCAGAGCCAUUGGUUUACCUAGUACUGCUGUCUUAAUUCGGGAUCUUCCUAUGGACAUGAAAAGAAAGCAAGAAUUGAAAAAAAUAUGCAUUUCUCAUCUUGCUUCUGAGUUGCCUGAAGAUUGUAAAUUCUAUCCAGCAGAUUCUAAGGAGGACUUGCACAAGUUCAUGUGGCUUUUCAAGGAGCAAAGCCUUUCAUGUCCUCAUUGGAGGAAUCAACGACCUUAUCUUAUGUCUCAAGAGGCAAGUUUGGAACCUGAUGAAAGCAAUCCUGGAACAUGUUCCUUGCUUCUGUCGGGUUAUGUGCGUGCCCACAGUGUUUCCGUGAAUCAACUUGUACAUGUUUCAGGAGCAGGGGAUUUUCAGUUAGGAAGGAUAGAUGUCCUGAAGGAUCAAUGCCCUAUGAGUGAAAGGAAAAGUUCUAACUCAAUGGAUGCAGAUGAUAUGCGUGAUUUCCAGGUCAUUCAGACCCUACUUCCAGAUCCUAUGAAGCAGGAACCUUUGGUUGUUGAAAAUGUACCCGACCCUCUUGCAGGCGAACAGACAUGGCCGACCGAGGCAGAGAUUGCUGAAGCUGAUAUAAAUAACAAAGAGCAGAAGUUGAUUAGGAAGAAACUUCCUCAAGGCACCUCAGAUUACCAGGCUGCUUGGAUUUUAGAGGAUACAGAUGAUGAGGAUUCAGACAAUAGUGAUGAGGAGAGUGAUGGCAUGGUAUUGGAUGUACAGAAAGAUCAAACGACACAGGAUGGUUCUGAUAAUUCAGAUGUUGAUGAAUGUCAACUCAUCAGCGAAAAUUUUGAUGAUAGAACUGAGGCUGAUACCGAGAUGGCUGAUGAGGAAAGCUUGACAAAGGAGCAGAUUGAGGCAGAGAUUAAAAAAAUUAAGGAAGCAUAUGCUGAUGAUCAAGAAUUUCCUGAUGAAGUGGAAACACCAAUCGAUGUUCCUGCUAAAAAGCGUUUUGCCAGAUACAGAGGACUGAAGUCUUUCCGUACGUCUUCAUGGGAUCCUAAAGAGUCAUUGCCACCUGAAUAUGCUAGAAUUUUUGCUUUCGACAAUUUUGCUAGAACACAAAAGAAUGCCCUUGCAAAGGUUCUUGAUAUAGAUGAAGGGAGCGUGGAUGACUGUGCUCCAGUAGGAUCCUAUGUAAGACUCCACUUAAAGCAUGUGCCAUUGGAUCUUGCUACCAGGCUAUGUCAACCAUCAAAAAAGUCACCUGUCGUAGCGUGUGGGCUUUUGCAACAUGAAUCAAAGAUGUCUGUCCUGCACUUCAGCAUAAAGAAACAUGACUCAUAUGAUGCUCCUAUUAAAUCCAAGGAGAUGUUCAGUUUCCAUAUGGGGUUCCGUCAGUUUUUUGCAAGGCCAUUAUUUUCUUCUGACGACUUAAACUGUGAUAAGCAUAAGAUGGAGAGAUUUCUACAUCCGGGGCGUUUUUCAGUGGCAUCUGUUUAUGCCCCUAUCAGUUUCCCUCCCUUGCCAUUGAUUGUCCUGAAGACUCAGCAUGGAGAACCUCCUGCUCUUGCUGCCAUUGGUUCACUAAAAUGUGUGGAUCCUGAUAGGAUAAUUCUGAAGAAAAUCAUUUUAACUGGUUACCCACAGAGAGUAUCAAAAUCGAAAGCCAUUGUGCGGUACAUGUUUCACACUCCUGGUGAUGUUAGAUGGUUCAAGCCAGUGGAGAUAUGGACCAAAUGUGGUCGCCGUGGUCGCAUCAAAGAACCUGUUGGUACUCAUGGGGCUCUGAAGUGUGUUUUCAAUGGUGUCAUUCAGCAGCAUGACACUGUAUGCAUGAGCUUGUACAAACGUGCUUACCCCAAGUGGCCGGAACAAUGCUAUCGGUCGUGUGACACCAUCUCUCAAAGUGGCAUGGUUUCAGCGUAGAGACGCAACAUGCCUGUUGUUGGGAGUGAAGCUCUGGUUCGAAUGUCUUCUACAGAAUUAGACUCUGCAUAGAAAUUAUACUGUAUUACACCCGUGUAUUAUUUUUGCCCUCAUCUUUUAUUCAUAUAGUGCUUGCCCGUUUCCGACACGCUCUGUGUCGGUAUAUGAGGCAAAGGUUUUGACUUGUGAUUAUGAGUUGGAAUGUGUUCUUGAUAACCAUAUGGAUGCGGAUGCCAAGAUAGUUAAUGGUUGUGAUCAUAUUAUAGUUCUCCCA